UUGAUACAUUCUCAAGAAUUUGUCUUUGUGAUGAUAAUCACUGAAUUCUCAAUGAUGAGUCCGAUUCAUUUGAAACUGAUAAUAUUGAUGGUGUGUGUGGCAUUCAAGGUUGUUGGUGGUGAGCAUGAGAUUAAGUGCUUAGAAAGGGAGAGGGAAGCACUCCUCCGAUUCAAAGCUUCCCUUCAUGAUCCCAAUGGCAUGCUCUCGUCUUGGACCACUGCUGAUUGCUGCCAAUGGAAACGUAUUCACUGCAACAACCUCACUGGUAAUAUCGUAAGCCUCGACCCUCACGCUGAGUAUGAUUAUGAAACUGAAUCAUGGUCUUAUAUCAGUGGAGAGAUCCACGAGUCAUUGAUUGAGUUGCAACAAUUAAAGUAUUUGAAUCUCAGUUUUAAUUCUUUUUCAAACAACUAUAUCCCAGAGUUUCUUGGUUCUCUCAGCAACUUGAGAUACCUUGAUCUCUCGUGGUGUUUUUUUGGCGGUAAAAUUCCAAGUCAGUUUGGGUCUCUUUCUCAUUUGAAAUACUUGAAUCUAGCUGGGAAUGGUCUUCAGGGUUUAAUCCCUACCCAACUAAAAAAUCUUUCUAAGUUGGAAUAUCUUGACCUCAGCUACAACUCUUUUGAAGGAAAUAUACCAUCCCAAAUCGGAAAUCUUUCAAACUUACAACAGCUUUACCUUGAGGGAGCUUACUUCAACGAUGGGGGUAAGUUGUUGUCUAAUCUCGUUUCUUUAACCCAUCUUUACUUGAUAUCCAUACAUGGUCUUAAUAGUUCUCAUAGUUGGCUGCAAAAGCUAUCAAAACUAAGGGAGCUAAGCUUAAUUGAUUGUAGUCUUUCUGAUCAUUUUAUCCUUUCAUCGAGGCCUUCCAAAUUCAACUUUUCUACUUCCCUUUUGGCCUUUCAUCUUUCUGUGAACACCUUCACGUCACCCGUGAUAUUCGAGUGGCUGACAAAUAUCACUUCCAAUCUUGUUGAGCUAGACCUUGCUGACAACAACUUGGAGGGCUCUGUAUUCAAUCAUUUUGGCAUGGCAAUGAAUUCUCUUGAGCACCUUGACCUUUCCGAUAAUACUUUCAAGGGUGAGGUUCUGAAAUCUUUCAUGAAUAUAUGCACUUUACAUUCUUUAUACAUGCAAAGAAAUAAUUUCACUGAAGACCUUCCAUCAGUUCUUCAUGAGUUGUCUAGUGGUUGUGUUAGAUACUCGCUACAAGACUUGGAUUUGACAGACAAUCAUAUUACUGGAUCCUUAUCUAACCUUUCAACAUUUCCAGCUUUGAAAUCAUUGUAUCUCUCAAGAAAUCAAUUAAAUGGAAAAAUAGCAGAAGGUAACAAAUUGCCAACUCAAUUGGAAAUUUUAUCAAUCUCACAAAACUUUCUAAAAGGCGGAAUUCCAAAAUCAUUUGGUAAUGCAUGUGCCUUAAGCACCUUAGACAUGAGCUAUAAUAACUUGAGUGAUGAGCUUUCACUGAUAAUACAUCACUUAUCUGGAUGUGCUAGAUAUUCAUUGGAACAAUUAUAUCUAAGAAUGAAUAAAAUCAGUGGCACACUACCUGACCUUUCAAUAUUCUCAUCUUUGAAAGUGUUGCAUGUUGAUAGAAACUUGCUAAAUGGAGAGAUUCAUAAAGACAUUCAAUUUCCACCUCUUCUAGAGGAACUAGACAUGCAUUCAAGUUCGUUAUACGGUGUGUUCACUGACCAUCAUUUUGUUAAUGUAUCCAAGUUAUCUUACUUGGACCUAUCUGACAACUCAUUAACCUUGACAUUUACCCAAAAUUGGAUCCCACCUUUUCAGCUAAGUUACAUAUCGUUACGAUCUUGCAUAUUAGGUCCAACAUUUCCCAAAUGGUUGCAAACACAAAAUGAAUUUCUUGAUCUUGACAUUUCAAAUUCUACAAUAUUGGAUAUGGUUCCAAGGUGGUUUUGGGCUAAAUUGGCUUUGGGAAAUACCAUUUCAAUAGACAUUUCAAACAAUGGUCUCUAUGGUAUAAUUCCAAAUUUUUCUGGAAAGAAUAUUGUUCCUGACUUAAAUCUUGCUUCAAAUCAAUUUGAAGGUUCUAUUCCACUAUUUCUACGAGGUUCCGGAUCUCUUGAUUUAUCUAAUAAUAAUUUUACAUAUUCUCAUUCAUUUAUAUGUAGUGGUUCUGAUGAAACAUUAUAUCAGUUAGACCUUUCAAAUAAUAAUCUUUUUGGACAAAUACCAGAUUGUUGGAGUCAUUUUAAGUCAUUAACUUAUUUAGAUUUGAGCCACAAUAAAUUUUCAGGAAAGAUCCCUACUUCAUUAGGAUCACUUCUUGGUCUUCAAGUAUUGUUAUUAAGAAAUAAUAACUUAUCAGGGCAUAUCCCUACUUGGAUUGGGAGCAAAAUGCAAGAGUUGCAGAUUUUAAGCUUGGGAAGUAAUAAUUUCAAUGGAAUUUUCCCAUUACAAAUUUGUUAUCUAAAAAACAUCCAAAUCUUGGAUCUAUCGCUAAAUAAUUUAUCUGGAAAAAUUCCUACAUGUAUAAAUAAUUUUACGUCAAUGGUUAACAAGACGUUUUCAAGUGGUUAUGAAAGUCCUUGGUAUAUUCUUCCAAAUGAUCAAGGGAGUACCUAUGAGCCAUAUUUAAAGGCAUUCUUGAUGUGGAAAGGUUCAGAACAAAUAUUCAAAACUCAUGAAUUAUUACUUUUAAGAAGCAUUGAUCUUUCAAGCAAUAACUUUUUAGAAGAAAUUCCAAUGGAAAUAGAGAAUUUAGUUGAGUUGAUUUCAUUGAAUUUGUCAAGAAACAAUUUUACUGAGAAAAUUCCUUCAAAUAUUGGAAAUUUGAAAUCACUCGAAUUUCUUGAUUUGUCUAGAAAUCAAUUUGUUGGUUCAAUUCCUCAAAGUCUUGCUCAAAUUGAUCGACUCACUAUGUUAGAUUUAUCAUACAAUCAUCUAAGUGGAGUUAUUCCAACAAGCACACAACUACAAAGUUUCAAUAUCUCGAGUUAUGAAGAUAAUCUUAAUCUUUGUGGACUACCACUGAAAAAAUUGUGCAAUGAUGAUGGGCUAUCUCAAGAACCUCAAGAACCGGUCAUUGAAAUUCAUGAACAUUCUCUGUUUGACCAUGAAUUUUACAUCAGUAUGGCAUUGGGAUUCACAAUAAGCUUCUGGAUUGUGUUUGGCUCAAUCUUAUUUAAUCGUUCUUGGAGACAUGCUUAUUUCAAGUUCUUUAACCAUUUAAUUGAUGACAUUUAUAUGGUAGCGGUAAAAUUCGCCAAUUGCAAAUGGAGCAAGUAGAUUAACAGGUAAUAGUGUUAUAGUAUUCA